GUUGGACUUUAUUUAUUUGAAAGUAUGGAGUCUGACGACGAUGUCCCUCUCAUCCUAACGUGGGACGAAGCAAACAGUGGUCUGCUCAGCGAAGAGACAGAGAGAGGAGACCAAAAUGGAGGAGGGAAUUUUGACCUUGUGAACAAUGCUGUGGUUUCAACUCCAGGACCACAAAACAGCAGAAACCAAAAUGUCUCAAUGAGGCAAAGCUGGGAGAUGAACUACCAAGAAGCAGCCAUAUACCUGCAGGAAGGAGAGAACAACGAUAAGUUCUUCACUCACCCUCGAAACCCGAAAGCUCUGGCAGCGUACCUGUUUGUCCACAACCACGUGUUCUACGUGAUGGAGCUGUUCACGGGCCUGCUGCUGCUGCUGCUGUCGCUGUGCGAGGCUCCCGCCGUCCCCUCGCUGCGCCUGGACAUUUACUUUCAUGCUACUCUGGAGCUGCUGGCGUUGCUUACGGUGGCUUUUGAACUAUGCAUGAAACUGCGAUGGUUAGGCUUCCACACCUUCAUUCGGCACAAGAGGACGAUGGUGAAGACGUGUGUGUUGCUGCUGCAGUUUGUGGAGGCCAUCGUGGUUCUGAUCAGACAAACGUCUCAUGUUCGAGUGACCAGAGCUCUCAGACCAAUAUUCCUGGUGGACUGUAGAUACUGUGGUGCUGUGCGCAGGAACUUGCGUCAGAUCUUCCAGUCCCUCCCGUCUUUUAUUGACAUCCUCCUGCUGCUACUUUUCUUCAUGGUUAUAUUUGCUAUUUUAGGUUUCUGUCUGUUCUCCACAAACACGGCUGACCCGUACUUCAACAGUCUGGAGAACAGCCUCGUCAGCUUGUUUGUGCUGCUGACCACAGCAAAUUUCCCUGAUGUGAUGAUGCCAGCAUACUCCAAGAACCGCUGGUCWUGUGUUUUCUUCAUAGUUUACCUCUCCAUAGAGCUCUACUUCAUCAUGAACCUGCUCCUGGCAGUGGUGUUUGAUACGUUCAAUGACGUCGAGAAGAUGAAGUUUAAAUCUCUUUUGCUGCACAAACGCUCGGCUAUUGACCACGCCUUUCAGCUGUUAGUUAGUAGACAGAGGCCAACGGGCGUGUCUCUAAAACAGUUUGAUGGUCUGAUGCAUUUUUACAGACCACGGAUGUCCGCGAGAGACCGCUUCCUCACAUUUAAAGCUCUGAAUACAUCAGGAGCUCAGAUGCUCAGUCUUCAGGACUUCUAUAAGUUUUAUGAGGUCACUGGCCUUAAAUGGAAGGCACGACGAAGCGGAGAACACUGGUUUGAUGAGCUUCCGCACACAGCCUUCCUCAUUUUUAAGGGCAUCCACCUGCUUGUGAAGUCAAAAGGCUUYCAGUACGCCAUGUAUGUGGUUGUGGCCAUCAACGGUGUUUGGAUCCUUGUGGAGACAUACACACUGGAGAGGGGAUAUUCGUGGUCCCARUUUGUUCCCUGGAGUUACAUUGUUUUCUUGACAAUUUAUGGUGUAGAAGUAUUAUUGAAAGUAACCGGUUUGGGGCCAAUUGCUUAUUUCCGAUCCGGGUGGAAUCUGUUUGAUUUCUCUGUGACUGUGUUCGCCUUCCUCGGCCUGAUUGCUCUUGCCUUCAACAUGGAGCCUUUCUACUUCAUCGUGGUUCUCAGACCUCUCCAGCUGCUACGGUUAUUUAAGAUAAAGCAGAGGUACCGUAACGUGUUGGACACCAUGUUUGAGCUCUUCCCCAGGAUGGCGAGUCUGGGGCUGACGUUAAUCAUCUUUUAUUACUCCUUUGCCAUCGUGGGCAUGGAGUUCUUCGCAGAUGUCGUUUACCCCAACUGCUGCAACACCAGCACAGUGGCAAACUCCUACAGGCAGAUUAAUGUCACUGAAGGCAACAGAACCGUCACGGAAGAAGGCUACUAUUAUCUUAAUAACUUCAACAACAUCCUCAGCAGCUUCGUGACUCUGUUUGAGUUGACUGUGGUCAACAACUGGUACAUCACCAUGGAAGGAGUGACGUCCAUGACGAGCCACUGGAGUCGUCUGUACUUCAUGACUUUUUACAUUGUCACCAUGGUGGUGAUGACCAUCAUUGUGGCUUUUAUCCUGGAUGCGUUUGUGUUUCGCAUGAACUACAGCCGCAAGAACAGGGAAAUCGUCGAUAAUCCAGGGGUAUCUGAAUGUGCUGCAGAUGAGAAUGGGAUCGUGUUUGAAGUAGAAGUGAGACGAGACGAAACUCUGGCCACUCUUGAGCUGUACAGACRGAUGUCCCCGGGGCUGUCCUCCAUCAGCUCACUUGUAGGAGUCCUACAAUCUAUGGACAAGAGUGGGCACACGUCUCUGAUGUACCUCGGCCGCAGGUCGAGAACAAAAAGUGACCUCAGUAUGAAAAUGUACGAAGAAGAGAUGCAGGAGUGGUACGCAGAAUAUUCAAUCAACAACCUGUCUGAACUGGAACACAGCCUGAGACCGAUGGGCGACAGUCCCGCCUCAGACUCUUAUCCUCUCUCAGAGCCUCAGCUGAACUCACUGACUGAAGAGCACAGCAUUAACUAACAGUUUGUAAGCUGUACAGAUGCAUCAUCUUAAGAGAUGAAACACAAGCACUUCCACUUCCCCUGACACUUAUAAUCGUCAGUAGGGGGAAAGAAAAAUAAUAAUCUGGAGAGAAAUGGGUUUGUGCAGUCUCUGGGAGUGUUGAAUGUCACCUGCUGUUGGGCCUUUUGAAGGAUUGCAGCACAAGCUAACAGAAAGCCUCUACUACCACAGUCUCUUGUGUAUUUACAGUACUGGAGGGCUUGUGUAUUCUGUUGUAAUUUAUGUAUUUAAACCUGAUGCCUUAGUUUAACUGCUUACAUGACCAGUAUUAACAAAAAUAAUACUUUACUACGAUAAGAACAGAAGGAUAAACACUCCUUUUAGCUCAGUCCCACAAAUGACUGUAAAGUUUCCCCCAACAGUCCAACUAUUUUCUAUAACUUCUCAUUCCAUAAUGAACUUCAAGUAAGAGAUUUUAAUAAACUAUUCUAAUAGUCAAA